ACCCAUCAGGCGCUUAAACAUAGAAAUGGCAUACAUUGGCUUUCCAGCAUAUUGAUAAUUGAGCUACAAGCUUUCUAUCUUGAGAGUGGCCUUUUUUGGGUAUCGUAAGCCGGCAGUGUAUUUCGAGCAACUGAUAGAUUUGGUAUAUCCUGACUUCAUCAGCGUCGCCACCGAUAUAUCACCGGUUCUCAUGAAUACCAUGUAGGACGUGUCCCUCUCCAUUGAAUUAGGGUCUCCACUUCGCCGAGCUAUUCCGCAUUACAUCCCAUACUCAUCAUGACUUAUACUACAUAAGAAUCAUAUAAGCUUCCUGCAUCUCAGGAGAGAUCCGAAAUCCCAAGUACGGGUAUGGAAAGCUCUGGAUGCAGCUGGUGAUGGCAGUCAGCUCAGACCCACCAUCUUGGUAACCCCCUGGUUGGCGAGAGUGCCGUAGGAUUCCUCGAUUCCUGUCUAAUCCACUUUAGGAUGUUGCUCAAGCUGAGCGGCCUCAUACGCAAUGAUGAAGGGUAUACAGAUAUCAAAUAUCUACCUUUGUGCAUCUCAUUUCUAAGCAUCUAUAUAGAUGGGAGGGCGCCCUCACCCGUUUCAUUGUUCAGUACAUUAAACAUCAACAGUCGCUUACACAGCAUCACAACCAAUAUCUUCUAGCUUUUCUUUACUUUUGGCUGCCCGUUAUAUCAUUCUUCUAUAUCUCAUAUCAUCCCUAAAACACUUACUAUUAAGCCAUGUCUCCCAACUCAAAAACCUCCCGUCACCAAUCAAGGAGCACCGAGGGCAAUCCCGAGGAUAUGAUCGAGCAAAUCAAGAGCAUCAUUACUCUGCUAGACGAAGUUGUCUCUCUUAGACCGCAUGAAUGCGAGACGUAUAUCCCGUCUGCUCGCUCAGCCGUCACCGCUCUCGAACACAUUCGAUUCUUUCGUGACCCAGCACGUUUCGCUGAGCAAGUCUGGAUUAUCCGAGGUCUCCAAAGCUUUGCCUUCUACGACGCAGACAACGGGAGUGUGAUAGAUAUUGCAGACUUUUGCCAGAAUGCAUGGCUGAGAGUUUUGAGAAACUAUCCUGAGAAUGUUGACGUCUUGACGGGUAAGCCAAUAUGAUGUCCCACUAUCUUCAGAUAAUCAUGUACCUAACACAGAUAUAAAAUAUCAGGAUUGGGUAGGAAUUGGCUUCAAAGAUCUCAAGCGACUCUAGCGAGCAUCCACUGGGAAGAAGGAAAUGAUACCACAGGUACUCCCGGCUUGGCCAUCCACUUUCCUGAGUACGAUUCUGACAAUUGCUCCUUUAUAGAACCACAAAAUGAUCCCCGUAGACAAGGCCCUCUUUAUGUCGAAGCCCGGGGCUAUCUUCAGCCCGCCGUGGACUUUUUCACUCGAGCAAUUCGAGCGGCUGAUGGACUCGGAUCUACUUCCGGUGAUUUGCUAGCUUCGGUAUGUCUCAGACCUCAUUACUAAUUUGGAAUUUUAGUCUAACAAUAAUCAGGCGGCAGAAUCACAUAUGAGUCUGGGUAAUGUGUCUGCAGCUCCAGCAGACGAGCGCGCAUUUACUCAAGCAAUUCGAUAUUUACGCCGUGCGGAAACAACACAGGGAUAUCAGUUGUCAAUUUAUUUGCAACAAUAUCUUAAUGAUUAUGGAAGAUAUGUUUCUUAACUUCGUCUUUUUCUUCCACUUUCUCUCAUACUCCUCAUGAAAUCGGGCAUUUUAGCGUGUACAACAAAAUUCGGCAUUCGGGGUCAGUAUCAGCAUUUUCGAAAAUGGUAUGGGAUCGCAUAACAUAGCAUAUCGAUGGUGACUAGACAUUGGUCAAAAUUUCUUAUAUCAACAUUGAUGAUGACGACGAUUAGAUUUCCUCUUGGGCAACUUUACUUCUCUUUUGCAUUUUUCUUCUUUCUAUAUUUCCGCGAGCAGUUUCCUUGCCAUUUUCGUACCAUCUCUUUCAUUUUUCUCCACCUAGAGUCUAUUAGAUAUUUAGCACAGCUAGAAUAGCAUACCAAAUCCUUGCACAAUUUCUGCUUUUUUUUGCCUGUUUUCUUCAACGAUAUCGACAUUAGAGAAGUUGAAAAUAACAACGAGGAAUGAAAUAGAUAGCCCACUUCCGAACUUCCCAUGUUCAAAUCCUUCCGGAGUGAGAAAUCCUUUCGGUACGAUAAUAGAGUUUAAAGGAUCGCGUCUAAGUAUGUGACACAAGCGCCGUGAACCGGCGGAUACAAUUCGGCGUAUGCUACUUCGCGUCUGUGAUCAUUGAAGGGUUAUGUAAGGGAUUUGAUGAGUGGCCUGGGUGGUGUUGGGCCGUAAUGACUACUUGAGUAAAUAUAGACGACACGGGUAGAGAAGCUCAGCGAAACUUGCGUUUAAAUUUCGGCUCUGGAUAGAGGAUCUAGGAAAGUGUAAACAGUUUCUCUUCGAAAUUGGGUUCGAAGAUCCGAAUAGUGGCAUCGAAGAUUGAAGUCUUGCAAGUAUGAAAUGUAGACUCAAGCCGUCACGGUAUAGGCCAAGGCAUAUGCUGAGACAGGUGUAAGCUAGAUAUAUAUGGUAUUAGCCACUAAGCAAUGAUCAUGUGACAUUGAUUGAGCUGAAACCCUGUCCUUGAAAGAAGCUUGCAACAGCUGUUGAACCAUCAUGGAGGAGAUGAGCA